AUGCCAGCUCUCGCCGGAGUCACCUCCGCUAGCAUCACACCCAUCAGCAGCACCGGCCAGUUAGAGAGCGUCACUGCGCCUCGCAAGCUGCUGCUGCGAGCCUCCAAUCCCAGGCAGCUGGACGAAUUAAACUCGGAUGGCUGCACUGACAGCGGCGGUGACACGAGCACCGGCGGUGACACGAGCACCGGCGGUGACACGAGCACCGGCGGUGACACGAGCACCGGCGGCGACACGAGCACCGGCGGCGACACGAGCACCGGCGGUGACACGAGCACCGGCGGUGACACGAGCACCGGCGGUGACACGAGCACCGGCGCAACGGCACAGGCAUGGGCGAACAACCUUGCCUCUAGAGGAUGCGUGAUGGAGCAUGGAGGAGCGGAUGGGCUUGGGCAGAACCUGUACUGGAAGGGCCCUGUGCAGCUGAGCAGUGAGGAGGACCGGGCGGCCGUGCAGUCGUGGGUGGCGGAGCAGGCGGACUGGUCAUACAGCCCCGUGCCGCAGGGGUGUGCUGCUGGCAAGCAGUGCUUGCACUACACGCAGGUGGUGUGGCGGGAUACCACACACGUGGGGUGCGGUGCUGCCCAGUGUGCGGAUGGGGGGUGCAUGUGGGUGUGCGACUACUCGCCGGCAGGCAAUGUGCUUGGGUCCACUCCUUUCUAG